AUGGCUGUUCAUAAUCCAUCCAACCCACUAUUACUACCACUCGAUACUAGAGGAAGCCCAAGGAGGUUUGAAAAGAGAUCAAACUUCAACAUCAAGUCUGACUUUACACUAUUUCCUCCUUCUUCUCCACUUGACAACUUCCUGUGCCAAACGUCCGAUCCUAUUUCGUCCAGACUAUUUUCACAACCCACCACAGGCUCAUAUUCCAUGGAUACUACCACCAUACCAACAACUGAAAAUAAUUCAACUACUGAGAAAUACAAACCUUACCUUCCCUCACCUCUUUACGUGAGGGACCCCGAAACCUCUUCACCAACCUCCGAUCACUUGAGCUACACUUGUAGCAGCGGCAAUACAAAGUUCAACCCACCACAACAAGGCCAAGGUCAAGGUGGUAUUCAUAAUAGUCUACCACUGGGACGAAUGCGAGAUACGGACCCAAGUCAAAGAAUACCGUAUUCACCCGAGUCUUUGGCCUCCGAAUAUCGAUAUUCAACUAGUGGUCAGGAGACUCAGCUCAACAGGACAACACCAAAAGCGAGGGGCACUUCUCCAUCAGGAGGACAUAAUCCCCCAAUGUAUGGAAUAAAUGAGUCUGCCGGCCCAGGUUCAUACUUUUCAGCUUCCUUUUCUCUCGAAAAGGAGCAAUCUGGCUCUCGAAAUAUGUCUAACAACCGUGGAAUUCCACGAAGCAGCAGCCGUUACCAUCCGUAUCCCUCGACGUAUGGUACACCGUCACCCCAUGCAGAUGGCACCAGGGCAGCCAGCUAUGAUGAACGAAUGAUACAAGGAGGUAUUUCUCAGAGGGGGGAACCACUCCGUUCGUCCUUCAAUGGUGAGAGCGAAUACAGUCAAAAUUCACCACCACAUCAAAGCAGAGUUCAGGAUGAGCACCGAGAAGCCGCCUCUCAAUGGCCUCGAACGGCCUGGUUGACUACAGCGACACCUGAUCUUACUUCGUCCCAACAGUCAUCUUCUGGAGCACCAUACCCCACUUCGUAUACGCCCUACGAUUCUUCAGCAAAUGUAUAUAGAGCUCCGUCGGUUUAUGCACCACCAUAUGAGUCAGGGGCUGCUCUUCCAAUUCAAUUGAGGCAUGGGGGGAUUGAGACGCUCAAUUCCAAUCAGCUCGCCAAUGCCAUCCAUUGCCCACAUUGUACACAGAAGUUCCCCACUACUGAGCAAUUCACGAAGCACCAACAAAAGCACCAAAAGAUGUAUCGUUGCAGAUUCGAUAAUUGCUCGCGCACCGAAGGAUUCGCAACCCCAAACGAUCGAGAACGACAUGAGAAAUCGGUGCACAAGAUUCCUGGUUUCUACUGGAGAUGUCUGGAUCCCAACUGCUCGAGCUUUCGAAAGGAGUUUGCAAGACGCGAUAACCUUAAGGAUCAUCUCAAGCGUAUGCAUACCAUGCCACCUGGAGUUGAUGAGGCAGAGGCCAAUGCUUGGAGGAGUCAGAUGGCAGACAAUGGAAAAUAUGAGAAGCCUGACACCCAAAUGUCAGGGCAAUAG